CCACCGUUCUUGUGUCGCCCAACGAACCCCGGGGGCUGACUAAUGCCAACGGGAGCCCCUCCAAGAAAAAAAUUGCCCCGCCGCGGCGAUAGUGGAAAGUAAAGGAACGUUCCCGCGGUUGCUGGCUAAAUUUUUCCUCCCUUUUUUCUAUCUUGUAUCCUUCAGGGCGUCAAGCACUCGUUCUUACUACACUUACGCACCCGUACACAUAGCCCCACCGCCCAAUAUGUCUGCAGAAGGCGAUAACACGACUCAGGCCGAGUCGCAAUUCCAGAAGCCCGGUGAUUUGGUGGAGCGCAAUGAGGACACCGGUGUUAUGCAGGUGGAGAGCAUGUGCAUGAACUGCCACGACAAUGGUGUUACCAGACUCUUGCUCCUCCGUGUGCCCUUCUUCCGUGACAUUAUCCUUGAGUCGUUCGAAUGCGAGCACUGCCACUUCAAGAACAACUCCAUCAAGUCUGCCGGUCAGAUCCAAGAGAAGGGAGCCAAAUACACCCUCGAUGUCGAGAACGAGACCGACAUGCAGCGCCAAGUGAUCCGGAGUGACACCUCGACCUUCAAGGUCGAAACCUUGGGUAUCGAAAUGCCCAAGGGCGACGGCCAGCUGACUACCGUCGAGGGUGUCAUCCAAACUAUCUACGAGUCGCUCUCCAGUGAGCAACCCCUGCGCAAGGAACAGGCCCCCGAACUCCACAAUGCUCUUGUUCCCAUCAUCGAUAAGCUCCAGAAGAUCAUGGACCGUGACGGAUACCCUUUCACGAUCUCCCUCGACGACCCCACCGGUAACUCAUGGAUUGCGCCCACCACCCAGGACUCGGGCAACAAGUACAAGCGUCGCGACUACCCUCGUACCCACGAGCAGAACGAAGAGCUUGGAAUCGCCGGCGACCCUAACGCUGUGCAGAACGAAGGUGUCGCCGAAGCUGAACCGGAAGAUGAUGAAAUCGUCUCCGGAAAGGUCUACAGUCUCCCUGCUGAGUGCCCAGGCUGCUCCAAGGAUUGCUUCGUCAACAUGAAGAAGGUCGAUAUUCCCUACUUCAAGGAGGUCUUCGUCUGGGCCACGGCUUGUGAGCAUUGUGGAUACCGCACCAGUGAGGUGAAGACUGGUGGUGAGGUGCCCGAAAAGGGCAAGCGGAUUACCCUCAGCAUCGAGAACGAGGUCGACCUUUCCCGUGAUAUUCUCAAGUCCGACACCUGCGCGCUUCACAGUGAGGAGCUCGAGGUUACCGUGCAGCCUGGUACCCUUGGCGGACGUUUCACCACUGUUGAAGGUCUUCUGACUGAGAUCCGUGACCAGCUGCACGGCCAGAUCUUCGACGUUGAUGAUACGACCGGUGCUGGAGGAGACAGUAUGGCCUCCUCCGACAAGGAGAAGUGGGAACGCUUCUUCAAGCGUCUCGACGCUGCUAUUAGCGGCGAGAUGAAGUUCGUCAUCACUCUCGAGGAUCCCAUGGCCAACAGCUACGUCCAGGACCUGUGUGCUCCUGCCGCUGACCCCCAGAUCAAGACGGAGGAAUACACCCGCACUGACGAGGAGGAAGAGGAGCUCGGCCUCAAGGACAUGAAGGUUGAGGGAUACGAGGAGGAUGAGAAGAAGGACGACAAGCCCGCCGAAGGUGCCGCCGAACAGAAGUCAUGAGCUGUAUACCCAUAGACCUUGUUCUUCUUCGAUUGAUGACCUUGUCUCUUACGAUGUGCAUGAACUUCUCUUGGCCCUUCGUAUAUGCAUUGCGGUGAUGUUUUGGCCAACCAUGAUCGUUUUUUUUUCUCUCUUUCGCUUCUAGAUAUCCGGUGCACGUGGGCAUUGUCAUAUGGUGUGGUUGGGGGUUUCUUAUAAUUGGUUUCCCAAAUUUUGGGUCAUAUUCAUGGGAUGUGCAGAAAAGUUUCAAUGACGAUGUAUUCCUCUAGAGUGGGAUAAUAUACGAACCAUUUAUAGAUCACGAUCUUCUCAUACCCUGCGAACUGGUAUCUCUAAAAGAAUCCCCAUCCCCGGGAUUGCACUUUCGGAAUCCCAAUACCUCAAGAUAGCUCUCACCUCGUCCAU